UGUUCUUCUUUAUCGAUGUUUGCGUUUAUUACUCAACAUGGCCACGUAUCACGAUGGCCGCCCUCAACAAAGAAUUGAACGAAUACCUGCUUAGCAAUAAGAAUGAAAAGCAAUUUAAAAUCAGUUUACCAUCAGUGUCAAUUCCCAAACCAUCUUUGGGAAAAUGGCUAGGCAGAGGCGAAGAGGAGUCAAAAGAGGAAGCUGGAUGGCUCAAAGGAACUCAAAAAGACUGUUGUCCUAGUAUGACAAGACUACAACGACUGACGGCAUUUGCCUUAUGCACUUUCAUGGGAAUACUCUGUUUCUGUAUGUCCGCCAUGUAUAUACCAGUACUACUUUUGAAAGCGAGGAAAUUUGCUAUGCUGUACUCAAUGGGCAGCGUUUUCUUCUUAAUGAGUUUUUGCUUUCUGUGGGGACCAAUGAGUUACUUGCGAUCACUGUUUACAGCCGAAAGAAGGUGCUUCACGAUUUCAUACUUCACUACAUUAAUUGGCACGCUGUAUUGCGCACUCCAUCUGCAAUCCACACCGUUAACGGUAUUGUGUGCAGUUCUGCAGCUGAUAGCUAUGCUAUCGUUUUUAGUCAGUCACAUUCCUGGAGGCACAACAGGGCUCAUGUUUUUUACAAGAAUGUUCAAGUCCUCUGUGAGUUCCACUCUACCUGUAUGAUUGUCUGAGAAAUUUGCUUCGUUGGAAAUACUUGAACGCAACUGAUUGAAUGAUGACUGGAUGACUACUAUAGGGAUAUUCAAGACCUUUACUGGAAUUUUUGAAUACUAUGGAUCCACUGGAUUACCAAACUCUGUCCUUGUAAUAAAUAACUUAUUUAUAAAUCUAGAUAAUUUUCAAGACUGUAAUGUUAUUGUAUUAUAACGAAUACAUUUACUUGUAUGUUAAAUUAA